UAUAUCAGUUUAACCCGGCCGGAAGAUCACAUCAUUCAGAAAAUCACUACGAUGAACUUCAAAAUAGUUUCUGUGAUCCUGUGCGCGGCGGUCGUGUCUCAAGCUCUUCCCACGCAGGAAGAAGCUCGCAGCAACUCCAUUCAGACGGAAAACGACUUGUUGGACGCCGUCUACACCGAUUGUCUACGCAAAGAUUCACUCUCCUGUCUCAAGUACAAGAUCUACAACUUCGUGGACAAGACCCUGGGCCAAAAGGAUACGAUUACAGUGACUGAUGGAGUACAAAUCAUCAAAACUGGAAGUGAUAAGGAUGGUGCACCUCGCGCCCUAAACAGUGACGAUUCCAUCGAAACUCUUGUCUUCGAUCGCGUGGCUCGUUGGCUGGAUACUCACACCAUCAAAGUUGACCUGAAGGGUAGCGAAAUUGUCAAUGCCGUUCAAUCGACCGCCAGAAGCUUCAAUGAUGUUAUUGCUGAAGACGAUGGCAGCGGCGUGGAAGAGGGCAGGAAGAAGAAGAAGAAGGGCGGCAACAUGGGACCUUUGAUGGCCGCUCUUGCCCUGAAAGCUGCAAUCCUAGGAAAACUGGCUCUUUGGGCUAUCGCCAUGUUGGCUGGAAAGGCACUGCUGAUUGGUAAAAUCGCCCUAGUAUUGUCCUCCAUCAUUGGAAUCAAGAAACUCCUGGCCAGCCAGAACAGCGGAAAACAUGUCACUUAUGAAGUUGUUUCCCAUCCACAACAUACCAGCAGUCACGUCAACACUCACGAAGUGGCCUACGCUGGAGGUUCAGGGCAUGGAGGCGGCUAUGGAGGAGAUGUAGGAGGAUUCAGCGGCGGUUCAGGACAUGGAGGCUGGGGAAGGUCCCUGGAAGCUCAACAGCUCGCCUACAGAGGACAACAGCCAGAGGCGCAGACACAACAGUAGAUAGUUCAGUACCUGCCAAAUCUUCAACCGAAAGCCCAGUUCCAAGCAAGAGCAACAGCUGUACAUUUUUCCAUGACAUAGCUCUUGAAGGGACUUUAGCUCACGGCUUACAAAAUGAUAUUUAUGUAAUUUAUUUUAAAAUAAAGCUUAGUUGUAACACGAACAAGACUAUGACCUACCAACAGACAAACACAUUAUUUACGAUAUUACAUAGCUCUAAGAAAUCUGUUAGAUUGAACCGAUCAAAGGCGCAAAUAAAUGAGUUUUUAUUUUGA